UCAUUCCAUCAUUUUUUAGAGUAAUACACACUAGAGAGUUCUCCCACUUCUUUGUCUUUGCUUCAUUGUUCUUUGCUUGCUUGUGAGUUUGAGAGAAGGCUGCCUAGUGCUCUCGGAAUUGAGAGCUAGGGCCGCACGAUCGAGAGUAAGGUCGUGACAAGUGGUAUCAGAGCCUGGUUCAGCUUUGUGCUAGCAAAGUAGAAGCCAUAGCCAGACGAAAAGGAAGAGCCUCACCAAAAAUGUCGGGAUCAGAAGUCAAUGACGACAUUGAGAAGCAGCGUGGCAGAGAUCCUACCCCAGGAGGGAGGUCAAAAGGCACGUCGAGUACUUGUGAUCCUCUCAAGUCUCUAGAGAGGCGAGUCUCGAGGAUGGAGAAGCUUGGCGAAGAUGUCUCUUCCAUCGAGGAUUUGGGAGCUAACUUCGCCCAAGUCCAAAGCGAUGUUCAAGGAAUGGCUGGUAGGUUGACAAGCUUGGAGAUCAACCAUGAUGGGAUGCGAGAAGAGCUUGUGGCUCUCAUCACCAACACCAUCUCCGAAACCGUGAGCACCGCCAUUGCCGUUGUGAAAGAGCAUGUCCAGGCUGAGCUGGUCGACGUGAAGGAGGAGAUUGCAGACCUCAAGAGUGAGGUCACUCUGGUGAAGAGAGCCAUGGCUAGCGGACCAGCCCCGGUGCAAUCCGUCCCACGUGCUGAUGUUCCAAGACCGAAGAACUUUGGAGGUUCAAGGAACGCGAGGGAGUUAGAGAACUUCCUGUGGAGUCUUGAGCAAUACUUCAAGGCAUCCGGCAUCCAAGAGGAUGAGGUAAAACUUCGUACCGCUCCACUAUACUUGGUUGAUGUUGCAAUGGUGUGGUGGAGGAGACGUGAAGCGGACGUCAAAAGAGGUACUUGUGUGAUGGUAACGUGGGAAGAUUUCAAGAGUGAAAUCAAGAAGCAGUUCUACCCAGAGAACGUGGAGUUUGAAGCCCGUUCGAAGUUGAGAAGACUCACCCAAAGGGGUGGAGUUCGAAAAUAUGUGAAAGAAUUCUCGGAGCUGCUUCUAGAGAUCUAGGACAUCACGAACAAGGAGGCCAUGCACGGCUUUCUUGAUGGGCUGCAACCAUGGGCCAAGAUGGAGAUGCAACGUCGAGGAGUGCAAGACCUUGCAACUGCCAUGGCCACGACAGAGUCUUUUGUUGAGUACAAAAGGCAAGAGAGCAGCGGCAAAGAGAAGAGUUCAAAGCCCAACAAGGGUGGAGAACAGCAGAAGCCUUUCAAGGAGGGUUCUCGCACUCAACAACACCAAGGUGGUUCGAGCAAAGGGGGUAAGUACGAACCAAAGCCCGUAUCUUGUUUCCUUAGAGACGGACCAUAUCGAGUGCGGGAUUGCCCAAGGAG